UUCUUAUCCCUCACCACAAAUGGCUCUACAACCAUUGAAGCUCCCAUGGUCGGAAGAACUGCAAGCAUUACAGAUUCUUCAAAUUUUUCUUUUCCUCUUCAUUCCUUCUUUAAUUAUUUUAAAACUUACUAGAUCAGCCAAGACAUCCAAUUUGCCACCAUCUCCACCAAAGCUUCCAUUUAUUGGAAACUUUCACCAGCUAGGGCGACUCCCUCAUCGCUCUCUUAGAGUUCUUUCUCACAAGUAUGGACCUCUUAUGCUGCUGCAGUUGGGUUCUUCUCCAACUCUUGUAGUUUCCUCUGCUGAGAUUCUUCAAGAGAUUAUAAAGUCUCAAGAUGUUAUGUUUUCAAGUAGGCCAAGAAUGGCUUCUGGUGAGAAGCUCUUAUAUGGCUGGAGCAACAUUGGGUUUGCACCCUAUGGUGAGUUUUGGAGACAGGUGAGGAAGUUUUGUGUACUUGAGCUCUUGAGUGUUAAGAGGGUACAGUCAUUCAAGUUUGAUAGGAAAGAGGAAGUUGGUUUCAUGAUUGAGAAGAUAAAUCAUUCAUGUCAAAUGGGAAACUCAGUUAAUAUGACUGAUUUGCUACUCAUUACAUCCAAUAACUUAAUCUCACGAGUUGUUUUGGGUGGGAAAUACAAAGGAGAAGCCAAUAAUGAGAGCAAAGUAUGGCAACUGACAAGGGAUUUGCUAGAAACCUUUGGUGCAUUUUGUAUGCGUGAGUUCUUCCCAUUGUUUGGAUGGAUUGAUAGAUUCACUGGCUUGGACGGAAAAAUAAACAAGACUUUCGAAGGAUUAGAUGCCUUCCUUGAUCAAGUGAUCCAAGAACAUCUUACAAGCAAAAAGGAUGAUAAGCAAUCAAAUCAAGAAGACUUUGUAGAUCUUUUGCUCGAAGCUCGUACGAACUCGACAUUCAACAUUCCCCUCACUCACAACAACAUCAAAGCAAUCCUUCUGGACAUGUUUAUCGCUGGAAUUGAUACAACAGCCAUAGCUAUUGAAUGGGCAAUGGCAGAGCUUAUUAGGAACCCCAAGGUGAUGAAGAAAGCUCAAGAAGAGGUAAGAAGAGUGGUGAGGGAAAAAUCCAGUGUCGAAGAAGAUGAUCUUUAUCAAAUGGACUAUUUAAAGUCCAUCAUCAAGGAAUCACUAAGAUUAUAUCAUCCUCUGCCCUUAAUUCCACGAGAAACUGCUGGAGAUACUAAUGUCAACGGUUAUCAUAUCCCUUCUAAGACAAGAGUUUUUGUUAAUGCAUGGGCAAUACAGAGGGACCCCAAAUUAUGGGAUAAUCCAGAAGAGUUUAUUCCAGAGAGAUUUAUGGACAGCCCAAUUGAUUUUAAAUGCCAGGACUUUAAAUACAUUCCUUUUGGCAUAGGGCGAAGGAGUUGCCCAGGAGUGUCUUUUGGCUUGGUAUCCUCUGAGUUAAUUCUUGCAAACCUCUUAUACUGUUUUGACUGGGAAUUACCAGGGAAUACUAAAAGAGAAGACUUGGACAUGACUGAAGGUUUGGGGAUUGUAUUAUAUAAAAAGCAUCCUCUUUAUCUUCUUCCAAAAUUUUAUCUUUAAUGAAGCAUAUAAAACCAGUGGUUAUGAGUUUUUCU